CGGGCGUGCCCAAGGGGAGUGGUCUCGGCCCGCUGCUUUUUGUUAUACUUUUUCGAGCGGUGCGUAGGCGACCGUAGCCGGCUUUAUUCUCUACCAGUCGAUUGAAGGCGUUGGUGUGUUAUAGUUUAUUGCUCUGUUGUCGUUUGAUACGUCACGGGGUAUCAUGUAAAUUGUGGCCUUUAUUGACGGCAAUUUAUUCGUGUUCACUAUCUUUCGUCUCGUGCUUAAUAAGGACUUUAUUUCGGAGUUUAUUGUGAAUUGAGUGUGAACUCAAUUCGAAGCCCUCCAUCAUUUUCUAUUUCCCUCACCUCAUCAUGGGCGUCUCUGAGCCUGGAUCCUCCUCCACUCCUGACCUUCCUCCACUGGAUCAUGAGCGCCCUGGCUCUGGCAGCGGCCUUGACGACGAAGACAUCCCUCAGAGGAAGCAAAGGCGGUACCGGACCACCUUCACCAGCUACCAGCUUGAUGAACUGGAGAAGGCUUUUGGAAGAACUCAUUAUCCUGAUGUGUUUACCAGAGAAGAACUGGCAUUAAAAAUCGGCCUCACCGAAGCUAGAAUACAGGUGUGGUUCCAAAACCGUCGUGCUAAAUGGCGGAAACAGGAGAAGGUGGGUCCUCACGCUCACCCGUACAGCGGGUACCUCGGAGGGGCACAGCCACUGCCCACGUCAGCUUCUCUGCCGGGACCACCUCACCCACUGUCGCAGCUUGGCUUCGGGCUGAGGAAGCCUUUUGAUGCUGCCUUGGCUUCCUUUAGGUACGCCAGCACACCAUUAUUCGGAGGUCAAUACCUGCCUCCGCUAUCGCGUCCGCCUCUAUUCGGGGCUCCGCUAUACGCGACCUCUCCCGCUCACUUCCACUCCCUAUUCGCGAACCUCAUGCCCGAACCGCCCCGACUGUCACCCGAGAGUUCCCGACCGACGCCCGGUGUAUCACAACCGUCACCCGAUCAUUCCCGAUUGUCGCCCGAAGUUACACGAUCCCCUGCGCCGUCCAUGUCGCCUCCUAUAUCGCCGGGGAGUGAAAACCUUCACAUGCACCCGUUAAUGGAUGACGUUCGAUCCUCCAGUAUUGCCGCUUUGAGACUAGCUGCCCGCGAACAUGAACUCAGAUUAGAAUUACUACGACAAAGAGCUGAUCUGAUCUGUUAAUUAGUGUUAAUUGUAAAUCUAUAUCUAAAUAAUUUUCAUAGUAAUUGUAAAAA